AUGCUACCAGAGGAGUUUUUCGUGGCAUCUAAUGCCGAAAACAUCUCCGCUUACACUGCUAACCAUAUUGGUGAUGCCUGUCAAACGGACCGUCACUGUAGUGAAUUGAGUAACACUCGCUGCCAAGGUGGCAAGUGUACAUGCAAAGACGGUACUUAUCAAAAAGUUGAAAGAUGUUUCUACCCCAGAAUGUUCAUGAUCGAACGCGAUUACGAAGCUACUGUUUUAGCUUUCGAAAGUUCUCUUAAAAAUUGCACCUCCGACUCAGAUUGCGGAAACAUGCCAAACCUCCAUUGCUUCCAAGGUAAGUGUGUCUGCUCCAAAGGGUUCCAACUCCAAAAUAAUGAGUGCCAGGAAAUGACCAAGUCGACUUGUUCCAAGCAUUAUCAAUGCUCGCAUGGAACCAUCAGGUACUAUCUGAAUACCUGCCGAUACUUUAAUGAAUUCUUCAGCUCUGAUGAUGCUGACAAGUACACUACUGAAGGUUGGGAGUCAGAUUGUUGGACUGAUCGCGAUUGUCGCGACAUGAACAACACUGUUUGUUUUGAGAAUCGUUACGUAUGCAAAUCUGGUUACAGAAGGAACUUUUUGACUGAUAAAUGUCAAGAAUUGCCAGAUAGAACAUGCGAUAAUGACGACAAGUGUUUGUAUGAUACCGAAGAG